AUGUGCACAGCCUUGGAGGGUUGGCCCAACGAGACAUGGCCUGAGUUCCAGGAGAUCUACCACAACCCAGAGGACAAGUUGCGCAAGCCGGCCUUCAAAGCCGCCCGGGUAAUGCGCAAAAAAUUGGGCAUCAUGUCCUUUCGCUGGAGCCCGCCGUCGAAGGUGACCAGCUCUGUCUGCCGGGCACGGAAAGUCUUCUGUGACGUGGCAUUCAUGUCGGAAGCAGAGGUUCUGAAGUACUUCAAGGUGACAGCCAAGCAACUUGGUUUGACAAUCGGCUCGUUGCAGCUGGAAGACAGACGCGAGAUGCUUCGAGGUUACUACGUGUCGUUGGCAGGUGUCCCGGCACACAUCGUGCAUGGCUUGAGGAAGGUGCGGCUUUCCUGGAAGGUCAAAGUGAAGCACGCAGCUAUGAGGCUGCAGCCAGAAUGGCAGAUCCGCCAGGAGCAGGGAGGCUUGAUGUUCAACCACUUCUCCGACCUCCAGUUGGGGAAGGCCGACGCCAAGGUGCGUACCGUCAACCGAGCAAAGCUGGUCAGCUUCGAGUCUCUGUUGCAGAAGGGCGGCAACAUCAAUCAAGUACUAGUAGUAGUAGCAGCAGCAGCAGUAGUAGUAGCAGAAGAGAAUGCAGGGCAAGCCGCGGCUGGUGGCGAGCAGCAGGAGGGCGAGGCCGACGAAGGGGAGCAAGGCGAGGAGGAGGAGAUGGAAGUCGAUUUGGAAAUGAACCCCGACGACUCGGCCGCCUUCAGCGCCUUCAGAUCCGCUCCAUCGCACGGUGAUGCUUUCAUGGAGGAUGGUGGUGAGGGUCCGAAGAAGAAGAAACGUGUUUCCAAACCCAAGGUUGAGCCGGAGGAAGAGGAGGACGACGGGGUCGUGGACGGUGGCUCCAGCGACAUUCCGCAAUGGUUGCAGAAGGACAGUGCCCUUCAGAAAGUCAUCGCCAAGCUUGGGAAAGUGCACAAGUGCUUCCUCAGCAUGGACCCGCAGAGGAACCUGGACUGCACGAAAAGCCCUGCCGGCCGACAGCUGCGAGGGGCGAUGCCAGCACGAAUGAUCUUGCAAGAUAUGGAGGCCAAGAACCACAAAGAAGCAUCUCUGCUGAGUUCCCGCUUGCGACUGCUGGAGCAUGUCGAGGCUCUGGCGCACACGUCGCUUGCAAGCAUGACCCGGGCAGAGGUCCGAGCCCACGUGACAGCAGUCGUCGAUGAGGGUCUGCAGGUUCCGGCGAGCCUGAAGACCCAGCUGCUGGAGAGAUGGGCCAACGACCUGUUCGGUGACAUGAUGGAGGUGAAAGAUGUGAACGGUGCUGACUUCAAGGCGUCCUUGGACGCCUACAUGCUGACCGUGUGUGCUUUCAUCCCGACGCCUGCUGACGUGGAGAUCACGGACUUGAACCUCACAGCAGCCGUGCUGUGGACGGCAGCCCGGGAGGAGGUGGACUACAAGGUCAAGUUCGGUACCGCGACAAAGGAAGCCGGGCCAAAGAUGGUUGCCGAAAUCCAGCAGGCAUCUGCCGAUGCGGUCCUGGAGGGUCUUUUCUGCGAUAGCUUUGUCAAGAUGGUGAAGGAUGUCCAUAUCCACAAGGACAGACUCCUGAAGGUCCUUUCCUGCUUUCUGCUGAACUACACGGAUGAGGCGAAGGAGCUCUUGGAGUCCAAAGAGCCCCUGAAAAGUGUCUACGACCGCUUCCAGGGGGUUGCCUUCGCUUUGGUCGCUCUGAUGAGCCCAGAGCCGGACUACCUCGCAUCCAAUGCCACCCACGUGAACGCCGUGAUGAAGUAUCGAGGUUCCAAUGUCUUUGAGACUACAAUCCGAGAUCACAUCGUUCGCAAAGGUGACAAGGAGAACCCCAACAUGUGGACGAAGCUCUACGAUGAUUUCUUGGCGAAAGCAGAAGAGACGGCGAAACUUUGGCCCAAGCUCCAGGACGCCUUCACGACCUUGGCCGACAUGGAGAAGGCAGAGCCACUCAGCCUUAAUGUUGGCCUGUUGGUGACCAUCGUGCAGGACCUCCCGCAGAUGAAGAAAUCGAUGCGACAUGGUGUGUGCAAUGAUGCAUUCAAGAAGUUGCAGUCGGUGCUGAAGCAUUUCUUGACUGCAGUGCUGAAGGCCAAAGCAGGCGAGAUCAGCUUAGGAACGUCGUCUGUGACAUCCUUGCAAGCCGGUGUCGCUUUGUUCCCAGAGGAUGCGAGCAUGACAAGACUCGGUGAGCAGUGGCAGAAGUUCCGCAAGAACUCGGAGAAGGAGAUCGCCCUCACCGAGCUUCUUGACAUCUGCAAAAGUUACCCGACGGACUACCAGGCACCUAUGCAAGGCAACAUCGGGCCGUUCCUCGACGCCUGGAAAGCUUGCCCGAUGGACGUGAAGAACGGCUUGCAAGAUGAUGAUUUGCAUGUGCUCAACAGCGCCAUCUGUUGGAUCUACCGCGUUGUCGCCGACCUUUUCCGGGCAACGUGGCUGCCAUUACAUAACCAUAGGCAUUCCCCUACGUCACUGAGUCGUACUUUUAUUUGCUACCUUUCAUCUGACCUCAUGACUUAUUCAGUAGCUGUCACUCACCAUCACUAG